AUGGAGACGGACCAAUUGUUGCAACUACUGAGUCCCGAUAUACAAGAGGCACAACAACGCACAACCGCACGUCUUCAGCACCAGGGUAGGGAAAAUGCGACGACCUCCAAAGUCGCGCGCAUAUACUAUCAGUCUCCCGAUACUGCAGGUAGUACAACUACAAACGCAGAACUGGUCAUCACGCCUACAGACAGCGACCCCAACGACAUGCACUGGCUGUCAGUCACGAGUACCAUCUGGUGCAUGACACAUUUCGAGCUGCUAUCAAUACAGAGCAGUAGCUCCGGGGGGAGGCGAUAG